AUGCGCAAAACCAACCGUAUUUCCGGUAGUGAAAAGCCAGGUGGCGCGCAAGAUGGCGGACUGAGUGGCGGUGGCUGCCCCCCGUCUCUAAAUGACGAUACGACGGCGGUGUAGAUUUACAACACUUAUUGAAGCAAACACCCCAAAGAGUCGUCUUUUUUUUGAAGUCUUCGAAACGGAAGUUGAGCGAUUGAAGACGUGAUAGAAGAUGGACGACUACUGCUAUGCUAAGAUGGCGACGUCAUGUCAAAGAGAACAUUCCAGCAAAUCACCAACGGAGAUCAAGACCAAAGAUGAAGAAGUUCAGCAGCUGAUUGGUCAUCCACAAGAAGCUCCCCUUCAGUCAGGGGGGAGCUCCACUUUGAAGCAGGAGACUCCACAACGACCCUGCAUUAAAAAGGAAGAGGAGGAACUCUGCAUCACUCAGGAGGGAGAGUGUCUUCUAGGACGAGAGGAAGCUGAUUACACCAAGUUUCCACCGAGUAUUCUUUCUGUGAAGACUGAAGAUGAUGAAGAGAAACCACAAGUAGACAACCUCUUAGCUCCACUGUCAGAUAGUGAGGCUGAAGACGAGGUUGAAGUAACUUUGAGCAGCGAAACAGACAGUGAAAGCGAUACGAGGACUCACGCUGACAACAAACACUCUGAAUGCUCUAAGAAGAAGAAAAACAAAAAAUGUUUCAACUGCUCAGUUUGUGCCAAAAGCUUUCCUAAAAACAGCCAAUUAACUUAUCACAUGAGAACGCACACAGGAGAAACACCAUUUACUUGUCCAUUUUGCCAUAACAGCUUUUCUCAAAAGAGCAGUUGGACCCGUCACAUGAAACUGCACACAGGUGAAAAACCAUUUAAUUGUUCCGUUUGCGGUAAAAGCUUUUCUCAAAAGAGCAAUUGGGCUUCUCACAACAGAAUGCACACAGGGGAAAAACCAUAUAAUUGCGCGGUUUGUGGCAAAAGUGUUGCCAGGAAGAACCAUUUGACCGAACACAUGAGAGUACAUACAGGAGAAAAACCAUACAAUUGUUUAGUUUGCGGUAAAAGGUUUUCUCUACAGGGCAGUUUGACUCAACACAUGAGGACACACACAGGAGAAAAAAAAUUUACUUGUUCAGUUUGUGGUAAAAGCUGCUCUCAAAGCACCCAUUUGACUGGACACAUGAGAAUACACACGGGAGAAAAACCUUUUAAUUGCUCAGUUUGCUGUAAAAGUUUUUCUCAUAGCAGUGGUUUGAGUCAACACGUGAGAAGGCACACAGGGCGGAAAACAUUUAACUGCUCAGUUUGUCAUGAAAGAUUUUUUUUCAAGGGCAAGUUCAAACAGCACAUGAAAACACACGCUGGAGAAAAAAAUAAACGUCAGCUCAGUUUGAAUAAAAAUUAAGUUGAAAAACAA